GCUCCAAGCCGGGCGCGCGGAGCCUGGGGCGCACGGAGCGGCGCGCGCCGGUGGCCGAGCCAGUCUGGCGCCCGCGCCCCCACCACACCACCACCGUCACCCACCGCUCAGCCCGCGGGGCACCCUUUCCGCUUCACCGACUCCGGCCCCGGGGCCUCCGGCCGUGGUGCUGCCGCUCUCCGUCCCGCCGUCCCUCCCCGUCCAGCUCGGGCCGCCGGGCUCCCGCAGGCCCCACCGCCCGCGUUCCUAUGGACAGACGCACAGACACCUGCAGGAAAGACACUGCUGAUCCUAUAACAUGGAGGAUUGUCUUCAUACCUCAUCUGAGAAUCUGUCCAAAUUGGUCAGCUGGGCCCACAGCCAUGGGACCAUUUGCAGCCUCAUUCCAAACCUGAAACACUUGCUUUCUGAAGGUUCCCAUGGGAACCUGACUGCAAUGUGGGGCUGUAGUGCUGGCCAUGCGUACCACUGGCCACUAACAGCUACUUGCAGAGCUGGGUCCCAAGAGAGGGUUUGUUUCCAGGACAACCGAAGUUUUAAUUCUGAUAGUCCCAGUAUAAUUGGGGUGCCUUCCGAGACACAGACUAGCCCUGUGGAAAGGUACCCUGGGAGACCUGUGAAGGCAAAGCUGGACUGCAACCGGACCAGAGACUCUUGUGACUUCUCUUACUGCAGUGAGCCCUCUGAACUAGAUGAAGCUGUCGAGGAGUAUGAAGAUGAGAACACGCUGUUUGACAUGGUUUGUGAGUCUUCUGUUACAGAUGAGGACAGUGACUUUGAACCCCAAACCCAGAGGCCUCAAAGCAUUGCUCGCAAAAGACCAGGAAUAGUCCCAUCUGCCAUCCAUUCAAGUUCCCAGGGACAGAUGGUUGAUGAAUGUAGUAAUGAUGUCAUCAUCAAGAAAAUCAAGCAAGAGAUUCCAGAAGAUUAUUACAUUGUGGCAAAUGCAGAGCUGACUGGAGGAGUAGAUGGACCAGCCCUUUCAUUGACACAGAUGGCAAAACCCAAGCCCCAGACUCAUGCUGGCCCCUCCUGUAUAGGGUCUGCUAAACUGAUUCCCCAUGUAACAUCUGCCAUCAACACGGAAUUAGACCCACACAUUAUGUCAGCAUCCCCCUCUGUGAUCUCCAGACCGAUCAUCCCAAAGACUGCUAGGGUAUCUCUGGCUUCACCAAACAGAGGACCCCCUGGUGCCCAUGGCACUGCCCACCAGGUGACCAUGCAGAUGCCUGUGAGCACAUCACAUCCUAACAAACAGAUCAGUAUUCCUUUGUCUGCCCUGCAGCUGCCUGGACAGGAUGAGCAAGUUGCUUCGGAGGAGUUCCUGCCCCAUUUGCCUAGCCAGGUCUCAUCUUGUGAGAUAGCCCUUUCUCCCUCUGUUAACACAGAGCCUGAAGUGAGCUCCAGUCAACAGCAGCCCCCUGUUGCUCCAACCAUAACGACUGAAGCUACUGCACAAUGCAUUCCAGCGUAUUCUACUAAGCUCAACAAAUUUCCUGUAUUUAAUGUUAAUGAUGACUUGAAUGGUCUGUGUACCAGUGCAGUGAGCCCAAACACCACCAAAGCCACGAGGUACGCCCUAAAUGUGUGGCGCUACUGGUGCAUGACCAACGGGCUCAAAGACCACACGGACAUCACCAAGAUCCCUGCGGUGAAGCUGAAUGAGCUGCUUGAGAACUUCUAUGUCACUGUCAAGAAGAGCGACGGCUCAGACUUCCUGGCUACCUCACUUCAUGCCAUCCGCCGCGGCCUGGACCGCAUCCUGAAGAAUGCGGGCGUGGGCUUCUCUAUCACCAGCAGCACCUUCAGCUCUUCCACCAAGAAACUCAAGGAGAAGCUGUGGGUCCUGAACAAGGCAGGGAUGUCAGGCGCCCGUUCUCGCAAUAUCGUCUACUUCUCCCUUUCUGAUGAGGAGGAGAUGUGGCAGGCAGGGUGUCUAGGGGAUGACAGCCCAAUUACUCUCCUGUCCACGGUGGUCAAGUACAACAGCCAGUAUCUGAAUAUGAGGACACUGCAGGAGCAUGCAGAUCUGAUGUACGGGGACAUCGAGUUGCUCAAAGAUCCACAAAACCAGCCCUACUUUGCACGGACAGACAGUGUCAAACGGGAGAGCCGGAGUGGUUCGACGAGGGUGUGCCAUGGGAAAAUCUACCAUGAGCACUCCAGGGGACACAAGCAGUGUCCCUACUGCCUCCUCUACAAGUACAUGUAUAUCCACCGGCCACCCACCCAAAUGGAGGCCAAGUCUCCCUUCUACCUUACAGCCCGGAAGGAGGCCACAGAUAUGGGCAGCGUGUGGUACGAAGAACAGAGAAUGGGGUUACGGUCUCUCCGGGGAAUUGUCCCAAAUUUAGCCAGGAAAGUCAAGCUGGAAAACUGUGAGAACUUCACCUUCGUCUCCUUCACUCAGGUCUCCAGGCGACUGGGCUCCCAUAGCUGCUGCCAGUGAGCCUUCAGGGCCAGGCCACAGUCCUGCUUACUCAGUGGCCAAGGCCAGGCGUCAACAAGCAGGUUCUGAAGCCACAGAGGCUGAUGUCUUCACUCCAUGAUCCAGCUGGCCUCCACUACGACAGCCAGCCAUUCCUCAGACUUGGGAUUCACUUUUACAUGACAGGAGAGGACUGAAUAAUUUGGAUGUUUUAUCUAAAUGUGUGACACCUUGUUAAAUCAUAGAAUAUAACACAAUAUAAAAUUACUAUA